AUGGUGGAUUCUACUUCAAACCGAGAUUUGACAUCUCGGUUGGCAAAAGUUGGCCCGCAUAUCGACACUGACAAGAGUCACGGCUCACUAACAACAUCCCGCUCCGGCAGCAGUUCACAGCUUCAGACCGUGCCGUCUUUAACCUCCGGAGACCUCCGCAUCUUGUCAACUAAGACCGAAAAGCUCAUCUCAAAGCACAAUAAGCUUAACAAAAAACUCUUACGUGAGGACGAGAAAACGCAGCUCGGCCCGGACGACAAGCUGUCGAAAAAAAAGCUAUUACGGAGACAAAAGCAUCUGAGAAAGAAAGCACGCCAACACGUUAAGAAACUUUCUCAUCUCAAAGAAUUGUGUAGAAAGAACCACUCUUCUAAACAGAAACAACAACUGUACGAUACCAUUCAACAACUAGACUCAAGGUUCAAUCAACACCUUGGACCACUACUGGUAUCCCACAAAAACCCUAGGUUGAAUACCAUUGAUGAGAGAAACACAAGCAAGAUGAAUCCCGACAAAGAAUUCACCAUGCCAUUGCCAUGCUCGGAGGCUACCGGUCAGUCUAACGAUGUCCACCAAUAUCCGACAUUGAGCGGAUAUUCCACCGAGCGUGCUUCCGCAAGUGAGGAAGUAUGUGGCGAAAAGAGGAAGUCGGAGGGCAACGAUAGUGCAUCAGGCAAGAAGCGCAAGCAGGUUACUUCGGACGAAGUUGAUCUCUCAGCAGGCCUUUUGGCGAAUGAGACGUGGAAGGAGAAUGAUGAUUGGUUUGACGAGGGCACUUAG